CGUUUAGCAAGUUGGUAGUAACUAUCUGACUUGUAUUGAUAAGUUACGGGCGAGCUCGAUGGCCGGUUUUCACUGCAGGAUAUUCCAAUUUCCGCUCAGAAGCAAAGUUGGUCUUUUCUGUGAUGGAAGAAGUGGAUUCGCUCCAGGCGCUCGUUCAGUUCUCUCGCUGCCUUUCUCUUGCCAGGUUGUACCCGCCAGAGUUCGUGCCUCCUUCACAUCUUGCCCAACCUCUUCAUUGCUGAUCAGCUGACAGACAAAACCAGAGUGACCUCAGAACAAGACGAGCAAACAAACGCACCUCCGACUGGGCUCUUCACCGAACCUCCGCUUCAAGUCGAGGAGAAGAAAGCUUUGCCCACAGAGGCUGCGUGCGGCAGAGUGAUGAUGUGAAACAUUGAAUACUGUCAGUUUCCGACGUCACAGCUCAGGCUCCCAUUCAUCGCUGACGUUCGCUGACAGAAGCAAGUCUGCAUUGGUGACGGGAAAGGCUACAUCUGGCCGUACAUGUGCAAAACUUCCAGCAGAGACGCCUCUAGAGCUCUCUUUGCGACAAGACCUUGGUGGGAGUGUGAGUGUGAGUACAGCCCCACAUCGCUCGCAAGACCAGACGUUCCUGGCGACCUUGCCAUAGCAAACAGUGCGUAAAACGGAACGAAGAACAGUCGUGAGAUGUCGCUCUUAGCCGAAACGCUCCGCCUAUCUCCUGGCCCUCCGCCUUGUCUUCUGGACUACGAUCUGAGGUUACCUGAAUAUAAGCGGCCACCAUCUGCAUUCUGCCAUCGCCAGCGCAACUUGGAGAAUGCGGCUAGCCAUUUCCCGUUAGAAGCUGGAUUUGACCCGGUAUCUGUGGUGUCCUCAGCUGCGGACGCAUUCGACAUGGAUUCUGCAUGCGCAAGUUCGAGUUUAGUUGCCAGCAACUAUGGCUGCCCGAGCAUCUCCACGGCUGGAAUGAUGCCAUUCGUUGGCAGCGAUCUCGGAGCCGGCGGACAGAUGGCAGCACCUGCCGGGUUUGGCUUGCAGGAUAGCAUUGCUGACUUAAACACGUCCCAGAUUUGUCUUUCCGAAGCUGCUGCAACUGCUUCCACUAGUUCUGGCGGUGUUCAUCGAUCCAACGGCCUCCUGCAUGCAGCAGACUUGAGCUCGCUCCAGGCUGCUGCAAGCUCUUCAGGGUCGUCGCUGAGAUCUGCUGUCUACGCUGACCCGCAGUCGCCGUAUUAUCGCCAGAAUCCAUCUCCCUUCCUGAGACACGGUGCCAGUAACCAGUUACCGCCCAGUCACGGCCUGGCCAGCAGUAGUCAAGGGAUGUUUGGUGACGGCGUUUUGUCAGCUAAUGUGAACGGCACGUAUCCAGGCUCCUUGAGCGCCAGCUCCGGUGCAAUGCGGUCCAGCACAAUGGCCGCUAGUCCCGGUGCAGGUGUUAGCUCGACUAACAUGCGUGGCGUGUAUUCCAAUUCCAGUUCGUUUCCCGAUUCCCUCGAUGCGAUAGAGCCACGUAGUGCUGCUGCAGCCGCUUCAGCCGGCUUUCCCCCGGGUGACUUGCAGGCGUAUCCGCGUUACGGUGCAGCGGCCAGUAGCCAUGCAAGACAAGCUGGGUUAGGCAGCAAUGCUGCAGGCAUGCUGCCAACUGGAUCCGCUAUGACAGUGGGUAACGCAACGUCUGCCAGUGCUCUGCAGCCUACGCUUGAGCAAAUGGCAAGCAUGUCCGCUGGUGUUGCGGGUACCAAGCCAAAGGACAUCCGAGUGAAAGACCAGAUCAAGCUCAAUCAGCUGGCUAACGGCACAGCGUCGCAAGUAGCACUGGAUGGGUGCUCACAAUUCACGGACAGUAGUGAUGAAUGCGCUGACGGAGAUGCAGGACCAGAUACAGUCAAGCGAGAAAAAGACCGCCGAAAAGCGAACAAUGACAGGGAGAGGAAUCGAGUGAAAGACAUCAAUACAGCUUUCGUGGAGCUUGGCCAUAUGUGCUCGCUUCAUGCACCUACGGAAAAGCAGCAGACAAAGCUAACCAUCCUUCACACGGCGGUUCAGGUCAUCACCAGACUCGAGGAAGAAGUUAGAAAAAAAAACCUGAACCCGAAAGCCGCUUGCCUGAAGCGCAGGGAGGAAGAGAAGGCAAAACGGUUAUCGACUGACCAAGCACAAGGAAGCCUCCACGGUGCCUUAGCUGAGGAUGACGACGAAGGGGAGGGAGACGGAAGUGAUUUACUGUAGCACCCAGGCACGUAGGUUGGAGAAGUUAACGAAAUUUAUUGAACUUGACUAAAGUAAUGGACAGGCUCCGCAGGAAGAUGAAGCUACCCGGCAGAAGGCCGCAUGAAUGCUGUCAAUUCGACGACUCACCAUGCAAACUAUUCACUGUGCCGGGGAUCAAUCGUCUGUCCAGCCAUAGCUGCUCCGAAGACUCACUGCUGCUCUACAUAACCAAGAACUGAGGAGCGAACUUGAAGCUUCAAGGUCUACAGAGACGCAUAACAGAAUAUCUUUCUAUCGUUCACUGCUACCGCUGAUCAUGCUAGCUGCUGUUCUUUUCGCUUACCUACUUGCUGCUGAAGACAAAUGCGCAAUAUAUUAGUGAAGUUUUUUUGGCUUUCUCUCUUUCUUUUCGAAAGUCUUUGGAAGCCUACCUGGUUCUUUUGUAGACUCUUUUUUUUAACGCAGGCUAAAUGUCAGUAAUCUGAUGUAUCUGCUGUUGCCUAUGAUAGCAUGCUGGACAGUGGCAUGUGGUUGCUGCUGCUGCCGCCGCUGCUGUCUUUCACAGUUGUUGACUUGUUGUUGUUGUUGUUGUUGUCAUUGACGAUGCUGCUGGCUUUACUUCAGUUGCUCCUGUUGUCACGAUCGUUGCCAAUGAUAACUGCUGGCUGUGCAAAGAACUUGUAACACCCACUGUCA